CUAUGCUCAACCGGCAUAACUUGUUUACUUUCAAAAUGGCUGCGCUGUGUGCUGAACCACCAAAAGGAGGAUUUUCUUUUGAAAACUGUGCGAGAAAUGCAAGGAUUGAACAAAUGGGUAUGAAGCUGCCAACAGCUUAUAAAACAGGUACAACAAUAGCUGGUAUUGUCUUUAAGGAUGGUGUUGUUCUAGGAGCUGACACACGAGCAACUGAAGAUACAGUAGUGGCUGACAAGAACUGUGCCAAAAUCCACUAUUUGGCUGACAAUAUCUAUUGCUGUGGUGCGGGAACGGCUGCAGAUACAGAAAUGACAACACAGAUGAUCUCUGCAGAGUUAGAAUUACACAGACUUAAUGCAGGUCGGGCCCCUAGAGUCUGCACUGCUAAUAGACUUCUCAAGCAAAUGUUGUUCAGAUACCAGGGAUACAUUGGUGCAGCCCUUGUUCUAGGUGGUGUAGAUGUCUCAGGUCCCAACCUUUACAGUAUCUGGCCGCAUGGAUCAACAGAUAAGCUUCCAUAUGUCACCAUGGGUUCUGGAUCUUUAGCAGCUAUGGCAACAUUUGAGGACCGUUUCAAGCCCAACAUGAAUAGAGAAGAGGCCAUGCAGCUUGUGAGAGACGCCAUCGCCGCUGGUAUUUUCAAUGAUCUUGGGUCUGGUAGUAACGUAGAUCUUUGUGUCAUCACCAAGGACAAAGUGGAGUAUAUACGUCCUCAUGAGAUAGCUAACCAGAAGGGUGUCAAACAGGGAAGUUACCUGUACAAGAGAGGAACCACUGCCAUCCUGUCGUCUGAGGUCAAGAAAAUUGAAAUUGAUGUUUUUGGCACUGAAGUCACGCCUCAGCCAAUGGAUACACAAUGAUAAUCGCCAGCUUGUGUUGUUUCUACAUUUUCAUUCAUGAUCAAGCUCCAGUUUCAGCUAUUAUUUUGUAAUAGGGUGCCAGUUUUUAUGGUAUUCUUUACAUUUGUUUGAGUUUAUAGUAAUUUAAGUGAUUGUUUUGUACUAAAGUAUUUGACAAAUUAUGGGGAGGGUACAGUUUUUUAAUUGAAAGUUUUUUUUCUUUCUAUUCUUAUUAAACUUAAUUGUCAAAAACAAAAGAACAUGAGUAAACUAGUUAGUUGGAGUUUUGGGUCUUAUUUAAUAAUUAGGAAACUUGAUGUUUUAUUACUUUAUCCAUGCUAUGACUUGACAUACAUAUGAAUAAAAAUAUUAUUGUUAAAAUCA